AUGCAAGGUCAUGACAAUAACAUCCUACAGGAACCUUUGGAUUCCGACUCAUCAACAAAACGAUUGCAAUUUCAAACAACAAAACUGUUAAAACCUACAUUAUCGCCGAGAGUGACCUAUCGGUGUUUGAAAGAACCGUCAGCUUAUGAGGAAAUUGUAAAACAAUUGAGAGAGGCUACCAAGAAGCACCACUCUCGAUCCAUUCGACACUUGGAAGAGAAUUGGCAAGCAGAACGGGAAACGUAUGAGCUGUUCUACGAGACUGUAGCAGCUUUGCGUGAAGGCGACUGGAGUGCGAACGCAUUUGGUCUUCCGACACAUAAUGAGGAGGGGAGGAGACGCAGCGUGCAUGGUUUUAGACGGCGAUCCCUAAAAUCUCUUCCCGGACCUAGCAUACACCAUCGACUAGCUCUCCUCUCGUCUCUUCACGUCUCCAUUUGCUGUGAUUGGUAUGGGAAUGAGGGAGUUGGCAUUCAUCGUUGGUCAGCGAGUGGAAACGAAGUGACACUAUCAUGGCAACGCUUCUAUAGUCAAUUUGAUGCUACGAUCUCAGAGAAGGCCUGUAGUUCUACGAUGGAGGAGAAUUUGCGUCUCUCCUCGGAUUUCUUUUCGAUUUCCGGCUCUUCAAAUAUGUCCUUUACGCUGCCACGGGAUUUGGCUAUCAUUGACGACUUGGAGGCGUAUGUGGUAAUGCCACGAAAACCUCGUGCCCGUUUCAGUCGUCCAGUCGUUUCGAGGACAUCUGGUACAAGGACCCUUCCAUUAAUCAAAUUUAGUUGCUCCGAAACCGGAUCGGAGAGCACCCUGCAUCACCUUAACGAGUUGAGCGGUGGGAGGGAGUUGAAGAGUGAUGAUGAAGACGUAGAUGACAUUGAGUAUGUAGGACCCUUGAACUAUUCUUCCAGCGAGUUCGACACAGACAUCUCAGUUGAUGAAGACGGAGAUUUCAUUGUGAAGACGGAGGCGGAGCGAAAACAUGCUCGAGCCAAACGUAAAAGUGGUAACGACGAAUGGGGGCAGACGAAGUCGAUUUCAAUUACAGAGAGUGAAAAGCCGGGAAGUACCGCAUCUUCUCUUGAAACAAAUUCCACUUUCCUGCCCAUCCCAGCAAAGAGGACAAAGCGUCUGAUGCUAAAAAGGUUGGGUGAAAUGAGGAAGAUAUGUGCAGAGGAUGAACUUCCCCUGUCUUUAAUGAGGGUGCGCAGUACCUAUGGCCUUGCAUCCUCUACAAACAGCCUUCGGCAGAGAAUCUACUCCGAAAUUAUGGAUCAAGAGCAUCCAAUAGGUGUGGGAACACUUUCGCGUGAGGUAAUUAAACGCGUUCCACAGGUCUACUCUUCAGAAGGCGACUCACCUGACAUCUCCGUAGGCAGCAAUAUCGACGAGAGCCUAGUUGAGGCUACCGUGGAAGGUGUUCUCAAAGGCUGUCCAGUUAUGGUUAAGACACUCCUUCGAAAGAAUAGAACAGUCCUUCCCACUCAUCGUGAAAUCCUUCCUCUAGUUCAAGACGUGAACCUUCGCAGCGAUCAGCCAAUCAAGAAGCCCAUGAAUAACAUCUUCACUGAACAAUUCGUCUUCGAUAGUCGCAUUGACGAAAGACCGAAGGGUUCGUAUUGCUACUUUUUGGAAACUGUACUCCCUGUUAGUUCAAUAAAUCCCGACGACUUUGGCACGAAUGACGUCAUGGAGGAGAAGGGUAGUGCUGAAGGUGGCAAAGUGGGAUUUGGAGCCUUGCUACAACACUUGCGCAGCACAACUCCCGACCCAUGUCCCUAUCAAUCCAGUUUGAACAACGUAUCAACCAGUGUGAUUGCUGAACGCCAAAAUCCCUACUUUAGACAGGCCAUUCUGCACACUGGCUUGAAGAAACCAACAACAAAUUUGGAUAAUCGAAAUUGGAUUAUGCGACCACCGCGGGGCCUACAGAUACAAAUGAACAACUACACUUCAAACAUAUCAAUUCCAUGUGUUUUGUUGCUUCCACCGAAAAAAUUUCAUUUCUCUAUGCUAACUCAUUUGGAGGAGUUGAUGGAUGGCAUCAAUCCCCUUCUAAUCAGUCUAAUGAAUCGAAUUUGGCGUUCAGCGCGUCCCAUAGGUGCUUGGGUUUUGGAGAGGGACAAGAAGACAUUGGAUUAUGCCCUCAACAAGCUCAUUCUCGACCUUAUUCUCUUUCGUCAUGCCACAGGUCAUUGUGUUCGUUACAAAGCCCUCUCAGUUAUUACUUCGUCUCACCAAAAUUCACGUCUACGGGAAUUGCUGGUGGAGUCUGCAGCACACCCGGGCAAUUGGUUGGACCAAAUCCUUCGUUCUGGACUUUCCAUCUACUCCUCUUGUCGACUUGAAGCAGCGAUAUGCCUUCUCGGUCUGGUGACAGAUAAGGAAUUAAUUAGUAGAGUCGGCAUGAAGGGUGUUCGCCCAAUGAUCAUCGACAUAUUCAUCUCGCUGUUUCGACUUGCCGACAUGUUUGAAGAUACCGCACCAGUAUUCUUCGUUGUAAUGACCUAUCUGGUGUGUCAUAAUGAGGACAGAACCCUCCUUGAGACGAUAGUCAAGUAUGGUAGCACAGCUAAAACAACCUUUUUGGUGGGACAGUGGCCCUACCUUGUGGCCUUCGCGUACACUUAUUGGUCUAGACGGCGGCUGUUGAGCUUCACGCUAAGGGAGAGUCUGUUGGUGAAAGCACUGGACGAGGCCUGGCGCAAUCCUGUCUCGCGAAGAGCUGCAAGGGAGGCAAUGAAGGCGAUUAAAGAAUUUGUAGAGGUGGUUUCAUCUUUCCACACUCAUUGGCCGGUAAGACAGAAACGAACUCCUAUGGUGCAUGAAAAUUGA